CCCUCCUGUAGUUUAUUUUCCAACAUUUUAUGAUACCAGCCGUGGCGUUUGACAAGAGAGUGGAUAGCAGGGGCUACCGGUUAUUCAACCUAAAGUUUAUCCAUCUCCUCUUUCUCUGGACAUGUUUUUACCUGACGAUCCAUGCCGCGCCCAAUAAUACCAAUACAAACGACACUCGACCUGUCUAUACCAUCGGUGUUCUGUUUCCAGAUCCACUUUCCGUACGCAACCAUGACCCCACACUUAAUAACAUGAUUGUUUCCAGCGAAACCGCUAUUCAUAUGGCAAAAGCCGAUGUGGAAGCGGCCAACCUUGUUCCAGACGUCCGCCUUCAAAUUGUACGAGGUGAAUCGGACGAGAACAAUCCAGGACGCACCUCCUGGGCCACGGUGGAAAUGGUGGCCAUGGGUGUAAAGUACGUGAUCUCCCUUUGUUAUUGGAUCCUUGCCAUAGGAUGUUUCCCGGGUAACUGGUGGACCUGGAAAUCCAUGCCACGUCUUGGGCAGUGCUUCAGUUGUCGAGGAAGGAAAUGUAUGUUUUGCGAUAAAAAUUUGACUGAUCAUAUUAUUUUCUUGCCCAGUGCAGUGAUCGGUGACAUAAUCUCGACCAUGACAGAAGCUUCCGCAGGGAUUAAUGGCAUCGUGUAUAUCCCUCAGUGUUCACCGGCCUCCGCUUCGCUCAGUUUAUCCGACAAGGACUCGUUUCCUUACUUUUUUCGAACCGUCGGCAACGUCGUCUUAUUCGGUAGCUCCCUCGUCGAUUGGGUCAGCAACAUGGGCUGGGACUCGUUUGCAUUGAUCUACACAAACGACAACGUCGGACAACAAGUCCUUUAUUCUAUGCUCGAGAAAGCAAAGCUAUUCAACAUUGACGCACGAACGCAGAUUCCAUUAUACGAUUUCAGUGAUUCUAAAAUUGAAGCUUCCCUUGAAACACUGGCCAACUCUGGAUCACGCAUCGUUGUGUUUGCGGAUUCUAAUACGAGCAAUCAACUAGUGGUGUUGCAGAAAGCAAUGGCCAUGGGAUUGUUAUCCAAAGGAUGGAGUUGGAUCUUGACCAAUGACAUGUCGCCGGCUAUUAAGGCGAUGGUCGAUACAGAAGAAGAACUGAGAUUGUAUGAUGGCCUCAUGUUCAUUAGCGGAUUAUGGGACCUGUCUGGUAUCCCGGCUUAUGAUAAUUUGGAAGCCAGAUGGAAAGAACAACCGAUUCCUGAGGCAUACAUCCAUCCCGAAAAUUGGAAUACUUCGGGACUAUCUUACAAUGCGCCCAACUCUUACGCUUGUUUCGAGUUGCUAGUCCGCGGUCUUGAUAAGGCUUUGAAUGAGUAUCCAGGUGGACGGGAAAAAGGACUGAUCGACAUGGCCAAUCGGCAAUUCAAUUCGACCCAUAUGACGCCUACCUUUUAUAACAUGAACUAUACCGGACCAGCAGGCUACAUGCAUUUCGAUGAAGCAGGUGAUUUAAAAGCAGGAUAUUUUACGUUGCAAUACAUGCUGAAUGGAUCGGUUGUUACGUAUGCAACAUUGAAAAAUGGUUCAUUUGAAUUCACGCCCAAUGUAACAAUUUUGUACCCUGGUGGAACCGAUCAACGACCCGAUGACAUUGUCGCUAAAUAUGCGUUGAACCCUCGAGCAAAAUAUGCCGCUGGAUCCGUGAUCCUGGCCAUUUGUAUUAUCGGCUUGGUCUGCUGUGCUAUCAUGGCUGUGCUGAUUUUGUUAUUCCGUGAUCACAAGUAUAUUAUGGCAGCUAGUCCGGUCUUUUGUUGUCUACAGCUUCUCGGUUUGGCGCUGGGUUACGUCGCCGUUGGUUUGUACAUCGACCGUCCCACUGCGGCCAAAUGCAUUGCGCGUCAAAUCUCCAUGACUUUGGGCUUUAUACUCGUCAUAGGAAGUAUCAUCGCCAAAAAUUAUCGUAUUUAUCGCAUAUUUCAGAAUGUGUUUACAGUUCGUACUUCCCGGUUAAAAUCGGCGUAUUUGAUGCGGAUGGUCGCUAUUUUCAGCUUUAUUGGACUGUGUCCGCUCAUUGUGUGGCACGCUAUUUACGAGAUCAAGGUGGAAGAUGUGCUGGUGAGCCCGUCAACUUACUGUUGGUUAUGUGUGUAUCCGGGUGCCGAUGCGGACUGGGGUACACUCAACGCGGCCGAAGUCGUAGUCAUUGCAUGGGGCGCACUGCUUAUCAUCUGUUCGGCUAUACUCGCUUGGAAGACACGUAAAGUGAGCGGUAAAUGGUCCGAAACAAAUCAAAUUGCCUAUGUGAGCUACAAUGCAUGUCUUGCGGCGAUUCUUGUGACGCCCGGGUUCUUUUUACCGUUGAACAGUUAUUUUGUGGUGAUCUACCUUCGUGUGGCGUCGAUCCUGUUUGCGGCUUCAUUCACUUUGGUUGUCCUGUUUAGCCCCAAAUUUAUUUUUAUCAUGCAGUAUCUCUGGUCCAAUUACUGCACAAAACUGUGGCACGAUCGGUACUACCAUGGCAACGACAGCCAUGGCGAACUGACGGCGGUCACUUGUCCGGACACCGCACUCUCCCAUUCAAGCGGACCCUAUCCUUCGCACCUGCUCAUGAAAAAUCUGCUCGAUUUCUCGGUACAAGCCCACGAAGGCGUCCUGCCUGUCAAAAAGGUGGCGCGAUUUCGAUUCAUGUCCAUCUGGGAACUUCAGCACAUCGUCCUCGUCCCCUUGAAACGGUUCUUUGUCCUUAUGAACCAAUCGAGCCAUAAAGCCCAAGUAUACCAUUACCUUGUAUGCGAACCAAUUUCAUCCACGAUUGAUCGAUGUAUAUUUCGCGUUCGAACGGACGAUGACUUGACGAUUUUGUUUCAAGUGCAGGAUCAAAUAGCGCUGGAUCGAUGGGUGAAGUGGUUUAACGGAGUGACCACUAGCCAAGAUCUGCGGACGGCGUCACGGCGAUCUUCGGACAGUGGCCAUCAUGAUGUGGACGAAUCAAAAGAGGGGCCGAUCCACAAACCAAACAAUGCGCCCACACGGUUCCUUGUGAACCCUGAAAUGGAUCCUUCCCUUUCCGCUUUCACCACGUCCCCCGCCGUCGUCCAUCGAUCCGGGUCCACAUUGGCCGACCAUAAUUACGAAUCCUAUCGUUACGAUCAAUCCUUCCCUCAUCAUCCACCCUCGUUUCACAUGCUUCGCAGCUUUUACGAAUACCCUUCCAAUUACGCAUCCAUGUCCACUCAUUCCACCACCCAUCCAAGUAGCCAAUACCACCAAGCUGAUUCCAAUUCCUGGCACACUUGAUUUUCCUUUUCGUCACAAUGCCAUCCGAUUUCGCAACUGACAUCUUUUUCCUCUUACUACUCCUGUAUUAUACUCAUUCGCUGCUUUGCAUAUAAUUUUCCUUUUGUAACUGAGAACCAU